AUGGCGGCGAACGGUGACGGUGAUAGAUACGGGAAUGACAUAGACUCCGACUCCGACUCUGGUCCCGGCUCUCCAGGUCUCGAUCCACAAAAUGACGUUGACGAUGUUGAGGAAAUGGAGGAGAAGCCCGUUAAGUCGGCGCUGAAGAAGUCUGCACCAGAGGAGACUGUGCCAGCAAUCAUUCGACCGACUCUGCCGCCUCAAACAGAGCCCAAGGAUCUGGAUGUUAAGUCGUUGACGCCUCUGACGCCCGAGAUUAUCGCACGGCAAGCUACCAUUAACAUUGGGACUAUUGGGCAUGUCGCGCACGGAAAGUCGACAGUUGUGAAAGCGAUAUCAGGAGUACAGACAGUUCGGUUCAAGAAUGAAUUGGAGCGGAAUAUUACCAUCAAAUUGGGCUAUGCCAACGCCAAGAUUUACAAAUGCGACAAUGAAGAGUGUCCGAGACCGGGUUGCUUUAGAAGUUACAAGAGUGAGAAGGAGGUCGACCCUCCUUGUGAGCGGGAAGGAUGCAGUGGCACAUACCGAUUGCUCAGACAUGUUUCAUUCGUCGAUUGCCCUGGUCACGAUAUUCUCAUGAGCACUAUGUUGUCAGGUGCAGCGGUCAUGGAUGCCGCUCUCCUUCUCAUUGCUGGCAACGAAAUUUGCCCGCAGCCGCAAACCUCCGAGCAUCUCGCAGCCAUCGAAAUCAUGAAACUGAACAAGAUUAUCAUUCUCCAGAAUAAGGUCGAUCUGAUGAAGGAAGAGAGCGCCAACCAGCACUACCAGUCAAUAUUAAAAUUCAUCCGAGGAACUGUUGCUGGGGGAGCACCCAUUAUCCCAAUCUCUGCCCAGCUGAAGUUCAACAUCGAUGCUAUCAACGAAGCAAUUGUCAACACCAUUCCUGUUCCCCCCCGCGACUUCUCUAUGGACCCCCAGAUGAUCGUCAUUCGAUCAUUCGAUGUCAACAAGCCGGGUGCCGAAAUCGAAGAGCUCAAGGGAGGUGUUGCUGGUGGAAGUAUCCUCCACGGUGUUUUGAAGCUUGGUGACGAGAUUGAGAUCCGACCCGGAAUUGUCACUCGUGAUGAAAAGGGAGCUAUCCAGUGCACGCCAAUUUUCAGCCGAAUCGUUACUCUGAACUCGGAGAACAAUGACCUCAAAUAUGCAGUUCCAGGCGGACUUAUUGGUGUCGGAACACGCAUCGACCCAACUCUUUGCCGUGCUGAUCGUCUUGUUGGUUUCGUCCUUGGUCUCAAGGGCCGCCUGCCAGAUAUCUAUACGGAGAUUGAGGUCAACUACUUCCUUCUCCGAAGACUUUUGGGCGUCAAGACUGCGGAUGGAAAGCAGGCGAAGGUCGCCAAGCUAGCUAAGAACGAAGUUUUGAUGGUAAACAUCGGAUCGACCGCAACGGGCGCCAAGGUUGUUGCCGUGAAGGCAGACGCUGCGAAGUUGGUUUUGACAAGUCCUGCUUGCACGAAUAUUGGCGAGAAGGUUGCAUUGAGUCGUCGUAUUGAGAAGCAUUGGCGUCUGAUUGGUUGGGCCAAUAUCCUGUCUGGUGUUACCCUCGAGCCCACCAAUGCUUAA